GGUUUUGCUAUCCACUCUUUGUCUGCUAUAUUAACAGCCCUGGAUAUACUCACACAAGCAUACUGAACGGAGAAAACAUUCAGCAAGAAAUAUCUACAAAGAGCUAAAGACAACAAAGAUGAGGGUUUUCCUGAUGCUUGCCAUUGUGGCAUUUACAGGUUGCCAAGCUAAGCAACCGACUGAUGCUUUCUGGGACUAUGUUGCCGAGGCAACACGCACUGCUGAGGACACUCUCAAAAAGAUUAGAGAGUCUCAACUGGGACAGGAAGUCACUGCUAGAAUUACAGAAGGGGCUAAUGUUGCCAGUCAGUAUGCUGUCACUCUCCAGAAACAAGUGAACCCUCUGGCACAGGACAUCAUGACCAAAAUCACCAAGGAGGCUGAAGUUCUGAAGGAGCGUCUUGAGCAGGACCUGACCACUGUGAGAGACAAACUGGAGCCCUAUGCUGAUGAUCUGAAGACCCAAAUUCAGCAGAGAGUGGAGGAGCUGAGAGUAGCUAUGGCUCCCUACACUGAGUCCUUUGACUCUGAAGCUCUGAAAACUACCGUGCUGCAGAAGACAGAGGAGCUCAGGGGAAGUCUGGAGGAGAAAGUGAAGGAGCUGCAGUCCCAGCUGGAGCCCUACACUGAAGAUCUCAGACAGAAAGUAGAUCAGCACCUGCAGGAAUUUCAGAAGACCGUGGCCCCUCUGACUGAGGAUCUUCAGGCCAAGGUUGCUGAGAGAGCCACUUUGGUUCAGCAGAGUCUGGCUCCCUAUGCUGAGGACCUGAGAGAGAAACUGGACCCCUACGCCCAAAACCUGAAGGACCAGCUCACCUCCCUUUAUGAGUCCUUUACCAAGACCAGCUAAUUACUCCAAACACUUCUCUUCACUUAAUGAACUGCUUUGUUCCCCACAAAAAACCUGAAAUAUUAAACAUCAGAUGCUCAGUUCUAUAUUGCCUAUCACAAGAAUACACCUCAAACAGUGGACUGUAUCAACUUGUGAAAAAAGCAAUGAAUUUCUCUUUUAUUUAUACUACAAUUAAAGUACUUGCAAACUGA